AUGCGGCUUCCCCUAUGGAAGAAAGCCGCCCUUGUGGUAGCAUUGUUGUUUUCUCUUUGGAUAUUGACUGAUGAUGAUACCUCCGGAUCCAAAAACUACCACCAUUUGGCUGUCAUGACGGCCUUGCAUCGUCACCGUCCCAGUCUUCGAGUCUAUCGGUCACUCUUGGAACUCAACCUUUUGCUAUGGGGCUCUGUCAUUUCGUUUUAUGUUUGGUCCAAGACGAUUGGGACUAAAAUGAUUGGUCAUUUAUUGUUUCAGCCAUCCGACGAGGUCUACAAAGAUGGCUUUUCCUUGUUGGAGAAGAGUCUGGGACGGUAUCAACGAGUCCAAACGGACGACGACGAUGAAUUUGAAUUGGCUCCUCGACCAGAAAGUCGGCAGGCGGGAGUACCGGUAGAGGGAGGAGUAGAGGAAACAAAAGACGGCGAAGACGGUCCAUUGGGAACGGACUAUAGUGGAGAACUUGAAAUGGAAGGAGAUGAAGAAGGCGCGCCUGCUGAAUCAUCAUUGACUGGACCACCUUCUGUCGAGGCAGCAGCUGGAUUGGCACUAGAUUCCUUGAUUUUGGUGCUGAUAUCCCUGUUCUUCUUUACCUUUAGUAGUGCUGAGGGUGGAACCUAUGUCGAUGGAAUGGCCAAGAUUGAUACCCUCAAGUUCAUUGCUCUUAUUGCGGCCCCUAUAUUCCCACUGCUUUUGUUUGUGGGAGGCUUUGCUGCCGCAGUCUUUCCCUGGAAGAAGCGAUCGGAAUUCUGGAAAGUUAUUUCUCUUACCAUUGGUGCUCCUUUCUUGCCCGUCACUUUUCGAGAUGGAUUCAUUGGCGAUAUAUUGACCAGUUCGGUCCGACCUAUGCAAGACCUUGCUUUUACCACCUUUUAUUUCCUUUCGGGAUUGCAAGGAUGGUGGUCCGAGAGUUACUCUUUUGAUGCUGCCGAUGUUCCAUUGGAAACAAAUUGGCUUUUGCACACCAUGAUUAUUCCAAUGUGCACUGCGUCCCCACUCUGGUGGAGGUUUUUACAAAACCUCCGACAGUGUUAUGAUGCCAAGAAGCGGUGGCCCUAUCUGGGGAAUGCGUUAAAGUAUUUCAUUGCUGCCGAAGUGGCCAUGUUUGGGGUCUUUAAUCCCUCUCGCAAAGAGUCCUUUCUAUGGCUAUCCUGUUUUGUGGCUGCGACCCUGUAUCAAAUUUGGUGGGACGUCUUUAUGGAUUGGGAACUCUUUGUGUUUGAAAAAGGCAGCGUCAAAUUGCGCCGUACCAGAAUUUACCAACAGCCAUGGAUCUACUGGACUAUUUUCGUCAUUAACUUUUUCCUUCGAUUCUGCUGGACCUUGAGUUUCUUGCCUCCUCAUUAUCUCAAUCGAGCGGGCGUCUUGAGCGAUACCUUUGAAGGCGAUCUGACUGCGAUUCUGGAUCCCACCAUUGCCUCUGCUGAAAUCAUCCGAAGAACUUUGUGGGGACUCUUGCGCGUGGAACUGGAGGCCAUCAAGACGGCACGAAAAGAGCCUCAUCUCAAGGGAGCCUGGGUCGAUGAACAGCGACAAUUGAAGGUAAAGACGAGUUCCACACAAAGCAGUAUUCAUGAUGAUGACGAUUUUGAAGAAUCAGUGAAUGAAGUUCGACUACUAGGGGAGUUGUCUAUCUAUGCUACAAUAUUCACAGGCCUCGGGAUGCUGGCAGCGGCUCAUCGAAUGACGUUUUGA